CGGCACAUGCAAGUUUCUUCUUGUGGUUUGCAGUCUGCUGGGACUCGAUCUUCAGGAUGUAAGGUGUCUCAGUGGUGGAGAGAGAGAUUAUGUUCAGACACCAUGCAGCAGCUCGGCGGGAUCUGUGUCUCCGGUGUGUCCAGACUCCACUCCUUGAGCGCGCGCGUUACGCCGAGCUCCAGGUACUGAAUGAAAGUUCGGGAUUAAACCCGAACCGCGACCCCAGACAGGUAGAGCUGUACGCUUUCUGUCCAGCAUGAGCAGAGUGUCAUGUGUCAGUGUUGUCAUGGUGAUCGCCCUGCUGUGGACGAACCUCUCUGACGCCCAGCUCACACUGGACCACAAGAAGGUUGCUCCAAGACCAGCGGUGGAGCCUCCAAUUUUGGAAAAUGACUCUUCCGGAUCAUGGGGCUCCUGGAGUCAUUGGGGUGAAUGCUCUCGCUCCUGUGGUGGUGGAGUACAGGAACAAAGCAGGACCUGCUUACGCAUUCACAGCCCUCCAGCCACAGUUUAUUCCACCAGACAGGGUCCUCACUCGGGGAACAAGGAUCCGAAUACUGUCAUAUCUAUGUUAAGGCCCUCUGUGCCCGUUCAUCAAGGUAAUAGCAGGCCUCUUCCAGAUGCUCAGGGGUCACACCAUAGCAGUCGCGGAGAGACCAGAAAGCAGCAAAGUGAAGCACGGCCUGGGAGGAGGCGAGGCAGCAGCACUAGGAUCAGCCCAGGGAUGUACGGUUACGGGAAGAUGCCAUAUGUGGUCUCUUCACAGAAAGACUCUGGACAAACCAUGUACAGCCAGCGACAGCUUCGCUCGCCGUCUGACUACAGACACAACAGCUAUAGACAGAAGCACAGAAAUGCUCAGCAAAGUCAAAAUACCCAUCACACUUCGAGCCAGCAGGCAUCCUGGGUUCCCCUCCAUCAACCGAGCUCGGAUCUCCAGUCUCAGGUUAAGCAACAUUCUCCUGGCGCUCUUACAUCGGGUUUUAUCCAAGCUUCAUCUCCUGGGAGACCUCAUAACAUGCUAACACUGCCCGCCUCCUCCUGUGUUGGAGUUUCCAGCCAGUACAAGAUAUGCAAUGGAAAUCCUUGUUCCCCCACCAGCAGAAAUAUCAGGGACAUCCAGUGUUCCUCCUAUAACAAUCACCCCUUCAUGGGUCGGCUUUAUGAAUGGGAACCUUUCAACGAAGCAGUUCCUGGAGAUCAGCUCUGUGAGCUCAACUGCCGUGCGAUCGGACACCGGUUCUACGUCCGCAAGUCGGAACGAGUCGACGACGGGACGCCGUGCGGAAUCAAUGAGACCGCCAUGUGUGUGGCUGGGACGUGUCAGAGUCCAGGCUGUGAUGAGCUCUUGGGUUCAGGGAAGGUGCUGGAUAAAUGUGGUGUGUGUGGUGGGGACAACACGGCGUGCCGGCUGGUUUCCGGACUGUUCCAGCACAGCCUGUCCAAUGUGGGCUACCACAAGAUUGUAGAGAUCCCACAGGGAGCCACCAAAAUCAACAUCACUGAGAUGGUCAAGAGCCAAAACUACCUUGCUUUGCGAAGUCGCUCUGGACGUUCCAUCAUUAACGGAAACUGGGCCAUUGACCGACCUGGAAAGUACGAAGGAGGAGGGACGAUGUUCACUUACAGACGGCCCAAUGAGAUCAGCACCACUGCCGGAGAGUCCUUUCUAGCAGAAGGACCAACCAAUGAGAUCCUGGACGUCUAUAUGAUCUACCAGCAGCCCAAUCCUCGAGUUCACUAUGAGUACAUACUUCCUUCGGAGAACUCCAUCAGCACAGAGUCUAACACAGAGGAGGGUAACACAGUGAACGGAGGAGCGGGAUAUGAUCAGUAUGGCAGAAGGCCGUCUCAGGAAGGACACGAACAAAUGGGUGGGCACAGGAACCCCCCUCACAUACCUGAGAACCAGGUACCGCCUCGCAGGCACAGAGAACACAACUGGAAACUAACGGGCACGACUGACUGCAGCGUCUCCUGUGGCAGAGGUGUCAGACACACUGUGUUCGGCUGUGUGCAUAGAGUCACUCAUGAGCAAGUGUCUGACAGUCUCUGUGACAGUGCUACUAAACCCAGUCCACAGGAGGAGCCCUGCAAUGUCCAGCCAUGCCCUGCAUUUUGGGAUAUUGGUGAGUGGUCGGAGUGCAGUAAAACGUGCGGCCUCGGCAUGCAGCACCGGCAGAUUCUGUGCCGACAGUUUUACAUCAACCGCACCCUCACCGUGCCCGCCAAACGCUGUGAACACCUGGAGCGGCCCGAGAGCAGCAGCACCUGCCAGCUGAAGAUCUGCAGCGAGUGGCAGAUUCGCUCUGAGUGGAGCUCUUGCUCCAUGCCAUGCGGUGUAGGUCAGAGAACGCGUGAGGUGCGCUGCGUCAGUAACGUGGGCGAUAUUGUUGAGGAUGAGGAGUGCAACAUGAAUCUUCGUCCCCGUGACAUUGAGAACUGUGACAUGGGGCCGUGUGCUAAGAGCUGGUUCUACACAGAAUGGGGUGAGCAGUGUUCUGCAGAGUGUGGCUUUGGUGUGCGGAGCCGCAGUGUUGUGUGUCUCUCCAACCUGGUGAGCAGUGUGCCUUUGGAAGGUUGUGGUACAGAGCGCCCCCCUCAGGCUCAGCCAUGUAACAACGGUGCAUGUGAGAGCCGCACUGAGUGGUUUACUGGGCUCUGGGGUCAGUGUUCGGCUGAGUGUGGAGUAGGAAGGCAGCAGAGGACAGUGUUGUGUAUGAUGAAGUCCGAUGACACUUAUGCUGUGAUGCCGCUCUACGAAUGCUCCUCUCUGGACAAACCACUUAGUCAACAGAGCUGCACUGUGAAGGCUUGUGGAGCCAAGUGGUACUACACUGACUGGAGUGCAUGUUCAAAAACGUGUGAGGGGGGAUUCCGUGUGCGAGAAGUGCGCUGUCUCUCAGACGAUAUGAUCCCAAGCGAGGGAUGUGAAGAACGGCUGAAACCAGGAGACAAAGAGGAAUGCAACCUCGAGCCCUGUGUUCCACAGAUCGAUGAAAAGUGUCGAGACAAAUAUUUCAACUGCAACGUGGUGGUCCAGGCCCGCCUGUGUGUGUACGAUUACUAUAAGAAGGCAUGCUGUGCCUCAUGUGCACGUGUGGCGCAGAGACAUUCGACACAGAGGAGCUACAGAUAGGACGGACCCCAUGGCGACGUUACCCACGUCAUGUCCUUCACCGGCAGGCGCUGCGAGCGGACGCUGCUUACUGCAAGACGCUCAAGUGCUGUGGACACACGAGGAAAGUAAACAAAGGCAGUGACGUGAUGAAAAACAUCUUGAUAACCAGUCCAUGGUCUUGAAACAUCACAUGCACUUUGUGAUCUGGAGAUACUGAAAAACUCAUUUUUUAACAAUUUAUUUAUACGUAUUAUUAGAGGACAGUGAUUUAUAGUGUGUUAACUCGAACUAAACAAGCGGACUGAUACGUAUGGAAUUUUUGUAGUGUUUAUAUAAUAUUUAAUGUCAAAUCCCUUACAGCUGAUGAUGUCAGUCACUAUGCAGCAAAAGAUAAGAGACUGAAUGACUUCAAGUGCCUGUGAAUCCCUCACUGUAUUUCACAGAACGUCAAGUUCAAACCACUCAUUUUUUUACCUGUAGGUUUUUUAUUAGUGAUCCCAGCCUUAGAUUAUAAUUCUUAUACUGUUCCUAAUAAAGCAACUCCAUUCAAAUCCGAGCAAUCGUUCUGAAGAAUGUCUCAACUAAUCAGGUUCCUAGUUAUCUCCAUUGUUUUACAGACAAGCAGAAGAUCUGGUUGUCUCUAGGACCAGGAUGAAGCUCUACAAUACAAGUUCAGGCUGCGUUGAAGGAAGUUUGCCAUAUAUAAAAUAUAUGUAAUAUAUCGUUUUUGUGGUAUUUAUUACAUCAUAGCAGUGUUGAAUUCUGGAUUCUGAUUGGUCAGGAAACGUUCUGUAAUGUUCUGACAGUUGUUCCAGGCUACAAAUCACAUGUUUACAGUAUAAUAACAUGCUUAAUCCAAUACUUUAUAAUUUCUCUAAUGAUUAUUCAUAUGGUGUUGAUAUGUUUUUCAGCAUUUAAUUACAGCCAAAGGUUAAGCUUUUUUUUUAUUAACCUCAAGAUAGAGGAAAAAAAGAGAUGGAUGUAGGACUGACAGUUUGUAUAUAACAACUGUAUUGUUAUUGAUAACAGGAAUUAACUUGUUUCGCAGAUGUUUCCCAAGAUUUAAUGCAACUAUUACAGCAUAAAAAGUACAUUGAUCUUUAAUGCAUUAAAGCUGAGGUAUAAGCGGAUGUACUGUUAGAAGAAAAGAAUCAACCACAGCAUGAGUGCAGUAUCUCAACCUCACAACAGCUGAUCAUGUUCUCUUUUUAUAUGUUCUUCCUAAUUUUGUCCAGCUGAAAGUAAAUCUACACACCCUGAGGUCAAUUACUGUCUGUUUUAAGCAACACAAUGAGUUCUACCUGGUUAUCAGCAAUUGUUUUUCCCGCAACUA